AUGAAGAUCCUAAUACCGAUUCUGUGUUUGAUAUCAGCUGUGGAUCUACAAGAUACGCCAGACGGAGAGUGCUGUGGGGAGCAAGAGGUGGAUUUAUCUCAACAUCUGGAGCUGGAAGCAGUUUGUCCAGAACUUAGUGGGCAGAUUAUUGGAGGACGGUCCAGCUCGAUAGUUAGACAUCCUUACCAGGUGUCAAUGGUACUGAAUGGAAAUUCUUUCUGCGGUGGCUUUAUAAUUAGCCCGAAUUACGUGUUAACUGCGGCCCACUGCGUUCAGAACGUGUUACCGUCUGCUAUCCGUCUUCGCGUUGGCAGUACAAGACGGGACUCCGGCGGUAGAAUCGUCCCCGUGGCCAAUGUUACAGUCCAUCUUCAGUAUGGGACGCCACAAUUUGACCACGAUAUAGCUGCGUUACAACUGGCCCGGCCAUUGACGUUCAGUAAUGCUGUCCAGGCUAUACGGCUCCCUCAACCGAGACAGGCAGUACCACUGGUUAGGCUGACUGUCACUGGAUGGGGAUUGACUGCUCCUCGUGGACGGCGUAUCCCUCGAAUAAUGAUGGAAGCGAAUGUACCAGUAGUCCCACACUGGCUUUGCCGGUUAUCGUAUGGAGAUGCACUUACUAACAAUAUGUUUUGCGGAGGACAUUUUCUCAUAGGUGGCGUCUCGUCGUGUCAGGGUGACUCUGGUGGUCCUGCAGUAUUCAGAGGAAUUGCCUUUGGCGUAGUUUCAUUUGCAAGAGGAUGUGCUCUUCCUCUGUCACCGACUGUCUUCACCAACAUUGCAGCUUUAAGAGAUUGGGUCACACAAAACACAGGAGUAUACGAAAUGUUCCUCAUCGGAUACCAAUUCAAAGUUUUAUCCCCGAUUUUUACAAUACACUGGGGCCUCCAAAUGCGACGAAACCGUCCCCUAUGGCGCGAAAAACAAAACGAGAAAAACAGAAAACACUUCGAGUCCUUCAAAAGGGAACUUUUCGCUAGAUAUAGAAAGGAUCCACUACAUUUAUUGAGGAAAAGUGUGCAAGCGAAAAAGACAUAG